UGCCCGUUACCGCCAAGUACGAAAACCAAAACAUACUCAAACCGGAGAAGCCACAUUCAAACAGACAUUUCGCAAGGAAAAUGCAACGGGAAGAAUCGGAAAACAAAUCUAAGAAAGAACUCUAUCUCGCAAAAUAUGAGCAGUGGAAAAAGGAAAAGGAAAACUUAAAAUGUGUAAAACCGUUACGUGAGAAAAAUACCCACAACAAAACACUUCAGAAAAAAAAGGACAGCCAAGAAACAAGAUCCCAAUCAGCACGGACAGCACCCCAGGGUCAAAUAAAAAACUCAACAUCUGUGUCUCUUCAGUCAAGUGCUACAAAGUCUGCUGUCUCAGACAGAAAUGUCAAAGAAGUCGUAAAAGAGGUUGAAAAAAAGUCAGAUGCAGCUCAACACAAACCCAGUGUGAAGAAUGAGAAGCAGAGAGUCAUCGAGGAUGGGCCAAAUAUGGAGGACAGGUCAGAGGGGGUAGUUCAGCAUCAGGAUGAGCCUUGUGGGGGAACACAACCUCACACAGAUGAACCACCAUGUCCUGUCGCCAUGGACACCGACCAAGUUACCCAUCCUAAACCUGUACCCCUUGAGACGCAUGAGUUUGAUCUUCCCAAACCUGUCCACAUUGAGACGAAUGUGCCGAAGACUCAAGAUCAGCUUACCAUGAGGGACAGACUUUCUCAUUGGAAAAUGAACAGAAAAGGCACAGACGAGACUAAAAACAUCUCCAAGACUAGGGUGAUGAAAAGACCUUCCAUACACUCUGCCCCAAAUUCAGUACAGAAGAAGGAAGUGUCCUCAAAACUUCACAUCAUUCCCAAACGCUUGGAAAGAAGAGCUACGUUCUCUGUUCCAACCUCCAAACCCCUGCCAGGCACCAGGGCAGGACCUUCACAUCGUGGAAUGGUCAGACCCUCUCAGACCAACGAAAAUGUCAAGAAGGUGGCACCAAAGGUUGCCAAAGUGUCAGUAAGGAAACCUGUCUUAGUGGUAGGUGCACCCAAGCAACGGUCACAGCCUGGCAGCACAAUGAGAAAGGCACUUCCCCACACCGAUAUCAAGCGUCACAGUCUUGGCACGAGACGGAGACUGUCGGCAGGUAUGUCCAAGAGACCCGUGGGAAUCUUGAAGAGGAAGUCCUGCGUGCCUGCUCUGGCUGUGAAGUCGGAGACAGAUAUCAAGACUCCCUCUUCAUCUGUGGAAACAGCAAGCUCUUGUGGGCAGUCCCAUGUGAAGUUCCUCACCCCUUCCCAGACACCGGCACAGCAGCAUGCGACAUUCAGGAAGACCCCAGUGAAGACAAAGGAUGCUUGUAGUAGUGACUCAAUGAGACAAAAGUUAAACUCAUGGUUGGAAGCAAAGGGUAAGACUCCCUCCAAGUUCCGUCACCUCAUGUGCUUUGACGCUGCCAUGUCGGAGAGGAAGAAGCAGGACUCCCAGAUGAAGAGAUCCAUCACAGUGGAGGAGCUGUCAUUACAGCAAAAGAAGAUGGCCAAAGAAGACAAUGUCUGCCAGAACCUGACAUCUCUGUUCGAGGCUUCUGCUGUGGAGGACAAGAAGACAAGAUCCCGCCAGGUUGUGGAGAAGGGCGUCAUUGAGCAGCUGGAUGCCAUACUCCAGGAGUGCCACCAUCUUGUUGAGUCUGGUUGCCCGACGGACACACUCCUGGCCUGGCUACAGAGCAUCUACGACAACAUCCCCCAGGCCCGCCACUACACCCCCUUCUACAGGUGUAAGGUGGACACGGUCAAGCGACACGGAUGUCCAGCGGACACCAUUGAGGUCAUGGCUCAGGCCAUCAGCAACUCGGCACAGCCUCCGUCUGACCUGGCAGCCCUCCACACAAGCAUCGUCACCGAGAUGGUGACCAUGGCGACCAACCAGGCUGUCAUCAUAGACACAGCGAAACAAGGAGGACCAGAGGGAGCAGAUAGGACAGGGCAGGACACACUUGAGGACAUGACCUCACAGGAUGACAAUGAUGGGGUAUUGGAUGAGCUGAAGCAGAUGAAACGUGUGAGAACGGAGGAUGGGGCUGUGGAGGACAUGACCUCACAGGACGAUAACGAUGGUGUAUUGGAUGAGCUGAAGCAGACGAAGCGUGUGAGAACGGAGGAUGGGGCUGUGGAGGACAUGACCUCACAGGACGACAAUGAUGGUGUAUUUGACGAGCUGAAGCAGACGAAGUGCGUGAGAACGGAGGAGAGUGCUGUGGAAGCACCUUUCUCCAUACAUUACUGUGUUGCUAAUGUCACUCCCUUCAAGAAGAGAAAACGUGCAGCUAGUAUCAGCACCCCUCAACCUACUCAGUCAGUUGUGACACCUGUCAGGCGAUCAACUCGCAGAAGCGUCCAAAAUAACGUCACAGACUCAGAGAAGAUUAUCCGAUCAAUCAGCGACCUAUCAGAGCAGGAGAAGACCACUGCCCUCUUCAGACCAAAUCAUGCACUAGAUGAUGUUCUGGAAAAGUUUGAAUAAAUUUGAUCACAGUAA